UCUUUUCCCACCAACACCUCCAAACCUCCUCUCUAUUUCCAAUUUCCACGCCGCCGCCAACAUGACCACCUCAGCCGCCGCCUCCGCCACCGCCGCGUUGUCCACCCCAUCCUCCGUCAAUCCCCAUCGAUCGUCUUCUGCGCUCAGGCUCCCAGCGUCCCUCCGCCGAUCCCAUCCCAACAGAUUCUUAUCGUCGUCACCCUCGCGCUCUCCACUCGUGCCGGUCUCCGCCAUGGCCUCUCCCGCCGCCGCCGGUGAGACGUCCUCCAGGAAGAAACUCAUCAUAUUCGAUGCGGAGGACGACCUUGCGGCGUCACUGGCCAAGUACACGUCUGAGCUGUCGGCGAAGUUCGCGGCCGAGAGGGGCGCCUUCACCGUCGUGCUCUCCGGCGGCUCCCUCGUCAAGGCCCUCAGGAAACUAGCGGAGCCGCCGUACCUAGAGGCGGUGGAUUGGAGUAAAUGGCAUGUGUUCUGGGUGGAUGAGAGGGUGGUGCCCAAGGAUCACGCGGAUAGCAACUACAGGCUCGCCUCAGAUCAGUUCCUCUCUAAGGUGCCGAUUCCUGCUGACCAAGUUCAUGCCAUCAAUGACGAACUGUCAUCCGAGGGGGCUGCAGGGGACUACGAAACUCGUUUAAAGCAGCUUGCUAAGAACGGUGUGAUCGAACUGUCGCCGGUGUCCGGGUUCCCCAAGUUCGACCUUAUGCUUAUGGGGAUGGGGCCUGAUGGCCACGUUGCCUCACUCUUCCCUGGCCACCCUGUUGUCAAUGAAAACCAGAAGUGGGUCACCUUUGUCAAGGACUCACCGAAGCCGCCGCCGGAGAGAAUAACGUUCACUUUCCCAGUGAUCAACUCGUCCGCACACAUCGCACUUGUGAUCACCGGUGCUGGCAAAGCUGGUGCUGUGCAUAAAGCACUUUCAGAAGGGCAAAGUACAUCAGAUUUGCUGCCUGUCGAGAUGGUUUCUCUUCAGAACGGGGAGCUCGUUUGGUUCACUGACAAGCCAGCGGUGUCAAUGUUGUCGAGCAUCUGAAGCCCACGAUUGUAUAAAUUUGAAGCUUUAAUUUGAUGGGAUUCAUACACGAUUGGGCCUUGUUCGGUUGCAUGGUGAUUGGAGGGGAUUAGGGAUGAUUAACUCUCUUUCUAUUUAAUUUUAAAUAGUAAGGGACUUAAUCUCCUCUAAUUCUCCUCAAUCUAGUUUUAACCAAACAAGGUCUUUAUGGAAAUCUAUUCGGUUCGGCAUGGAACUCUGAGGUGUCGAUUUCGGGGAAAUUUGUCUUGGAUUCCAUUUUGUACCCACUAAUAAUUAUUUAGACCCCCGUAU